AUGGAUGUUGAUUCUAAAUUAGAGGUUUCCAACUUGCCCAAAGGAACUACCCAAGACUACGUAGAAUCGAUAUUUCUACCAUUUGGAAAUAUUGUCAGUAUUGAUAUAACUGGUAACAAGGCACUUGUGCACUACGAGGAAUCAGAAGAUUGUUCUAGUGCUAUUGCAAAUAUGAACGGGUUUGACUGUAAUGGAACAUACUUAACUGUGAGAACUUCGCGGAAUUAA